UCCGGUCUCUGCACGCCUGCAGAGGCAUUGGAGAUGCCUUCUGGCACCGAGGCGGCGACCGAUGAAUGUAACAACACGGAUCUGCGAUGCCGGGUAGCGGUGGAAGAGCUGAGUCCCGGAGGGCAGCCUCGCAAGCGCCAGGCCCUGCGCGCCGCAGAGCUGAGCCUAGGUCGUAACGAACGCCGCGAGUUGAUGCUGCGGCUGCAGGCACCGGGACCCGCGGGUCGGCCACGCUGUUUCCCGCUGCGCGCCGUGCGUCUCUUCACCCGCUUCGCUGCGGAUGGGCGCAGCACGUUGAGGAUCCCCGCCAAAGGUGUUCCUGGGGCUGGCUCAGUGCAACUACUGCUCUCCGACUGUCCCCCGGAGCGCUUGCGCCGCUUCCUGCGCACGCUGCGCCUGAAGCUGGCUGUCGCCCCUGGGCCGAGACCUGCCUCUGCCUGCGCGCAAUUGCUCGGCCCGCGGCCCCGAGACUUUGUCACCAUCAGUCCAGUGCAGCCAGAGGAACUGCGGCGUGCUGCGGCCAUCAAGGCUCCAGAUUCUGCGCUGGAAAAGCGGCCAGUGGAAUCCCAGCCUAGUACGGAAGCUCCAAGGUGGCCCCUGCCUGUGAAGAAGCUCCACAUGCACUCCACCAAACCAAAGCUUUCUGAAGAGCAGGCCGCUGUGCUGAGGAUGGUUCUGAAAGGCCAGAGCAUUUUCUUCACUGGGAGUGCAGGGACAGGAAAGUCCUACCUGCUGAAACAUAUCCUCGGUUCCCUGCCCCCUACUGGCACUGUGGCCACUGCCAGCACUGGGGUGGCAGCCUGCCACAUUGGGGGCACCACCCUUCAUGCCUUUGCAGGCAUCGGCUCAGGCCAGGCUCCCCUGGCCCAGUGUGUGGCCCUUGCCCAUCGGCCAGGUGUGCGUCAGGGCUGGCUGAACUGCCAACGUUUGAUCAUUGAUGAGAUCUCCAUGGUAGAGGCAGACUUCUUUGACAAGUUGGAAGCUGUGGCCAGAGCUGUCCGGCAACAGAAGAAGCCAUUUGGAGGGAUCCAGCUCAUCAUCUGUGGGGACUUCCUACAGUUGCCACCAGUGACCAAGGGCUCCCAGCAACCUCAAUUCUGCUUUCAGGCCAAGAGCUGGAGGAGGUGUGUGCCAGUGAUUCUGGAGCUGACUGAAGUGUGGCGGCAAGCAGACCAGACCUUCAUCUCUCUACUGCAGGCUGUGAGGUUAGGCAGAUGUUCAGAUGAAGUGACCUGCCAGCUCAGGGCCACAGCUGCCCAUAAGGUGGGACGAGAUGGAAUUGUAGCCACGAGACUAUGCACCCAUCAGGAUGAUGUGGCCCUCACCAACGAGAAGUGGUUGAAGGAGCUGCCAGGUGAUGUGCACAGCUUUGAGGCUAUAGACAGUGAUCCUGAGCUAAGCCGGACCUUGGAUGCUCAGUGUCCUGUUAGCCAUGUCCUUCAGUUAAAGCUGGGGGCUCAGGUCAUGCUGGUAAAGAACUUGGCAGUGUCUCGGGGCCUGGUGAAUGGUGCCAGAGGUGUCGUAGUUGGAUUUGAGUCAGAAGGGAGAGGGCUUCCCCGGGUACGAUUCCUGUGUGGCAUCACUGAGGUCAUCCGUACUGACCGCUGGACAGUACAGGUCACUGGGGGCCAGUACCUCAGCCGGCAGCAGCUUCCCCUACAGCUGGCCUGGGCGAUGUCCAUCCACAAAAGCCAGGGCAUGUCUCUGGACUGUGUGGAGAUCACUCUGGGCCGUGUGUUUGCCAGUGGUCAAGCCUACGUGGCCCUUUCCCGGGCCCGUAGCCUCGAGGGUCUACGUGUACUGGACUUUGACCCCACGGUGGUUCGAUGUGACUCCCGAGUGCUGCACUUCUAUGCCACCCUGAGGCAGUGCAGGGGCCUCAGUCUGGAAUCCCAAGACGAUGAAGAGGCAAACUCAGAUCUGGAGAAUAUGGAUCCAAACCUCUGA